AUGCGUUUCAUUGGAUAUUCUUUCAUUUCACAUAAGCUGAAUUCGAAGAAAUUUUGUGCAUGCACGUGUUGUGGUGAUCGCCUUACUGCGAGCUGUCGACGUUCUCUGAAGGAGAAAUGUAUUCGACUUUUUGUUGCUGCACGUUUAUAUCCAACUUCUCUGCCCACUGAUGGCUACAUUUGUACAAAGCGCCGUUUUAUGUUUAGUCAAUGGACAGUUCUACCAGAAUUCUGCGAUGUGCUGACCGCCGUCACUGACAACAUCAGUGACGAAAGUGAAGAGGUAGAAUGGUGUAUUAAUGAAGAUAAUGACACUGAUCAGCUGAUUGAUGACACAUCAAGUGUGACUAAUUCGAUGGACGACGGACCUAUUCGUAUUCUAACAGCGAAUGUAUCAUCCAGUGAUAGCGAAUCGAUCUAUGAUUCAACUGUCACUAGUGAUUAA